GGGGAGUUCAGUAACAAACGAGCGGUCUUCAGUGGUCCGUCUGGUUCCGUGAAGUUCGAACCGUGGAAUAAGAAGAAUAUUGGCAGGCAGGAGUCACCGUCUUUCGCGCGGGUGCCGGCAACCCGAGGGAGCGUUUUUUUUAAGUGAUUACCCGAUUUUUUUUUUCACUCCUUACCGCUCUUCCUCGAUUUUCUUCCCCCCUUAUCGAGAGUGCCGACUGUGAUAUUGUGCCUUUUUUUCCUGAUAAGAGAGCUUUUUUUUCUUCUUUCGCCUUUAAGUCUACCCGGCCGCCUUUUUUUCGAGACGGACGCGCGGCUACAAGAAGUGACUGAAGGCGUGGUGUAGGUGUGUAAUGGUCGGAGCGAAUGCCCUCAUCCCUGGGAAGGAGGCGGCAGUCAGUGGAAGUCGGGUGGAUGGACGAUGCAAGGCCUAGGACUCCAGACUCCACAGCCAAAACCCACCGGCUCUGGAGCCUAGCCCGCCCGCCCGCCGCUCCCACCCAUGGCACAACAGUCACAUUUUCCAUGCGGAUACUCAGUCUGCCUCCAAGCCACACCAUGCUAGCAGUGCCAGGGGGAGGAGGCGGUGGAGGACUGGGAGCGGAGAGGGACCGCCAAGUUAGGCUCCAUUCGGUCACGACGGACCUGGCCCUCGACCUCCCGCCUUCGAUACCUCUACCUGACGGCGAGGAGAUCCCUUACGGCUCUUCGACCAGGCUACAUAUCAGAGACAAUGAUCAGGAGAGCGAAAUAUACCAAAAGUGUAUCCGAGCCCCACCGAAUCGGACUGUGUUCGAAGGGGAAACGUUGCCACCGUAUAGGGCAACGACCGUACCUGCCGAUUGGCCUCACCUACACAACCACAGGUACCCACCGACGCAGGUACCUCCAGUGGCAGUGCCAAGGUCUCGCCAGCGCCUCUCCGCCCUCACAAUGGUCCCGUGCCUGACCGAUACGAGAAAACCCGGAAGUUCGCCCCCUCGUGAUCUGCUCUAGCCUCCGACGGCAUCCCUUCUUCUUCUUCAUCUUCUUCAUCUUAACGGGG